CUCACUACAAGCUAGCGUCGGGCAACGGCCUGCGUCGACACUGCAAGAUCCUCUUAUCCUCGAGCUGAACGCCGGCAAAUCUCCACGAUGGAAAUCAAGCGGGACUUAACAAACCAACGCCCGAGGAAUGCCAAGGCCGAAGCUUUUCGUAGUCGUCGCGGAGCAAUAUGAAUAUAUCAACGCCAGCAAUCGAGGUGAUCAGAGGUUCGCCAAUGACUACAACUCAUGAGACCAGCAAGGGCUUGCACCGUGUACCCGAUGGCUUGCCUGAUCGCAGGGCGUCCGUUGGCGUUGAUUACCGCUGCUCUAGGCCGGGCUAAUCAGGGUCCUUCGCAGAGUAUGCUGCCGGAAUUGCGGGACGCGGUCGGUGGCUUUCCCGUGCCUAUGCAGGCCGAGCUCAUUGUCAGCUAAAGCAAUUGAGAGCUGCGUGUUAGACGAAUCCGUGCGUCCGUGUUUCCUCCUGGAAGAGGGACAGGACACGCACAUGAUCCCGCAAUGAACCACAUUCGUCCAGGCGGUGUUGUUCUCUCAUGCCGACGCGAGGCUGUGUAUUAUAUAUAGUCUCCCGCCGUACCCAACCGAACGAAUCCAACGGGAAAGGCGCUAGCACAGUCUACAACUUGAUCCCCCACCUCACGGUGUUCCUCCCCCGCAAAAGCUGGUCGCCGCGACAUGUCCGUAUGGAUGCUCCGGUGGUCAUCAGCAGCUUCAAUUGACCGUCCUUCGGCUCAAUGUGUCUGUUCAUGGGAACCAGGACUGGCGCUCUCCAGUAAAUGCGGCAAAGGAGGUUAAUCGUGCCCAAGCGCAACGCGCGUGAGGUUGCCGCACCUGCCAGAUCCAGGACUCGAAAACGUCGGCCCCGGACGGUCGGCGUGGCCGGCCGGGUUCGCGCUUUGGCGUUGGCGUUGUGGCCACUACAAAAUUCGUCUGACUCAUGCAACCCUCAACCCCUUCGCUCUCCUUCUUGUCCCUGGUCGCAAUGUGCGCGCACACUCAGUCCCAUAUGUCUGGAGGACUGUACGAGCCGGUGGUGACCACACCGAACGAAGAAUUGGAGUGCAUCGUGCGAUUUCUUGCAGCGCGCAAUCCCGUCGGUGCGGAACCCGCCAGGGUGAUGGCGGUACCCCUUGGCCAGGACGGCGGGACCGUCCCUGGCUCUGGGAAUCAGUUCUUCGCAGGUACUUGGCUUCAGACUGGAGCGGAAAUGAGAGACUCCGUCUUCACGCACAGGUCGGCUUUUCUACCGGCAUUUCACGAGAAACAUGUCGAACCUGAUCGCAGCAAUAGGUUAUUGGAUACUAUACAAGACAAGGAGUACGACCCGGCUUCGACGGCGUCAAGUCCACACAGCUUUGCACAGGUCAACAACAGCUCGUUGCACCCGGGCUAUGCGACCGCGCAGAACGGCAUCGCUCUUUGGCCUGGCAACGUAGGGGCGCGCCUAAACGAACCCGAAACUGCAGAGGGUUCCUCCGGCGACUCGGAGGAUUUCUCGUCUUUCACUACUUUCUAUGACCCGCUGCAAAUCCCUCGUUCUCGCUCGUCGCGAUCUGCGUUGGUCGCACACGCGGCAAAUUCCGGUCCCAACAACGAUCCAGUAGGCGGCGAAGGACCGGAUCAGUACAUAGAUCCACAACUCCUCGGACCAGGUCGCAACGAUGCAAUCGUUUCUUCAUCUCAACUUAUGACCAUCAACGGCCCGGGCCCCCCUCUUGCGGCUGCCUAUGUUGAAGCGGAGCUCGACGCGACUUUGGGUCCUCCCGGUUCUUCCUCGUUUGGCAUCGCCGCAAUGAUUGAAAAUGGCGGGGGCUCUCCGAGCGAUCCCGCCGGCGUACGGGGUGGACCGAACCAAGUCAUUGUCGCGUCCUUCAAAAAGCUUUGUUUGCGCCGUGCUGCAGCUUCCUACCCCAAUCCGUUCCAGCGCGCCGACAAGAAACACAUCUGCCCCGUUUGCGCGGAGAAGGGGGUGGAGCGUGCGUACUCAAGAAAGAAAGAGUAUUAUCGGCACUACCGGGACCACCACACCGGGAGCUCGCGCCUCCAUUGCCCCGUGGCCGGCUGCAAGAAGACGUUCUUACCUGGCCGUCUUUACCUACGGGCCAAGCAUGUGAACGAUGUCCACGGGGACGCCCUUUCCGUUCUCUCAUCGGAGACCGACUGCACAGUAUUCUCCUUUCUUUCCUCCCAGAUGGACGGAUGAACGCAUCGGGCUAUCGUCGUUGUCAUCUGCAUCUCAAUGGACUCUCGUCAGCCUUUCCGUCCCCCACGACAUUCAUCUCCCCCAUCGUCGGCGCAUUUAACGCCCAUCAGUGUUGUAGUCUUGCUUUACGUCGAUGCUUUCCAACUGCUUCUCGAGCUCUCACUCCUUGCUGUCUGAAUGGGUCGUCCUCACUACCCGUUCCUGUUACGGACAAGGUACCCUAAAUGUAUAUUAGCGCUGGCUCCUGUUAUGUGUUGGCGCUUCGUCGACAUAGGCUUGAUACUAGCGUAUAUCAAACAAUCCUUUGCUAUCGAAUUGUAC